UCAUAGCCGGUAGUACUAGAUACUUCUGUUUGAGGUAUUGGGAAGAUCAGAUGAAGAUGGGUGUUCUCGUCCUCUGCAUAGGACUCCUAGCUGGGACUGGGAUCGUCUCAGCUGACCACCUGACCAUCGUCCGAGCCGCGAUGACCUUUGAUGACGCGGAGAACAGGUGCAAGACUCUGGGCGGUCAUCUGGCGUCAAUACACAGCGAUGUCGAGAAUGAUCUAGCUCACAGGUUGUGCGACAUGACUCAUGGUGACUGCUGGCUGGGGUACCGACGUCUGGACGCCUCCAGCAACGUCUUCGCCUGGACAGAUGGGUCAAAACAGCCAUACACAAAUUUCCACUCAGGAGAACCUGACAACUGGAACCACGUGGAGGGGUGUGUCCAGCUCCUGUUGAAGUUCGGCCUCGGAAAAUGGAGUGACCAGGACUGCAACGCCAACUACGACCACGCCUACCCUAUAUGCAGGGUCAAGGAUAGUAGCGCGACCUUGACCGCCCCUGACCUUACCACACCCAGUACGGGGUCAACAAACCCGGGAGGUUUUAACAUCCAACUCGUCAACGUCAAAAUGACCUUCAAACAAGCGGAGGAUGUGUGUGUUGGCUAUGGCGGCCAUCUUGUCUCCAUUCACAGCAAGACAGAGAAUGAUCAAGUGAACCAACUUUGUCGGAAAGCUGGCGGGUCCUGCUGGAUUGGUCUGUCUCUGGAUAAUUCCUGGUCCUGGACUGACGGAUCUGUCGUAAAAUACUGGUACUUCCACACUGGUGAGCCUGACAACUGGAAUGGCGUGGAGAAAUGUGCUCAGAUGAUGGCCAAGUUCUCCCAGGGUGUGUGGAGUGACCAGGAUUGUGACGCCGCCUACGACAACGCGUUCCCCGUAUGUAAGUUUCCCGUGGGUAGCCACCCUGUCAUCACCACCCCCACGCCCACUACCGCUGCCCCAAACAACAACAACAAUGGCGGCCACCCGUCUCAGGCACCACAAAGUUCUCAGAAGUGCCCGGAUGGAGUCAACGAUCCUAUUGACUAUGGAGAUUUAAGCAAACCUGGUUCAGGUCGGAAGCUUCAGAUCAAAGGGAAGCACUUCUACAUCAACGACCAGAAGGUGUUUCUGUCUGGAGCAAAUCAGGCCUGGGUUGCCUAUGGUUACGAUUUCGGGAAUAACCAGUACGAAUACAGGAAGACUCAGUUUGAAUGUUUCCUCAGGAAAGUGCAGCAAGCUGGUGGAAACUCCAUGCGAACAUGGAUCCACGUAACUGGACAGACUACUCCGGAAUUUGACUCUUCCGGUCACGUGGUCAGCCUCGAUAAGGAAGGAACAUUCAUCAGUGACAUCAAGAAGUAUCUCAGAACGGCAGCCAAGUACAACAUUGUCAUUUUCCUUACUCUGUGGAAUGGCGCCCUGCAUGGCAGCAAAAUGGACGGCUUGGUGAAGGACGAAUCCAUUUUACAGUCCUACAUCGACAAUGGACUCAUCCCAUUGGCCAAGGCGAUCAAGGAUGAACCUGGUUUGGGCGGAUAUGACAUCAUCAAUGAAAUAGAAGGUCUUCUCAUACCGGGCGAGACUAACUCGGAACCAUGCUUCGACACAAACAGCCUGCAAGGUUCCGGAGCUGAUUGGGCCGGGAAAGUAUUCUCAAUGCAGGACUUUUUAAGGUUUAUUUCCCGACAAGCCGACGCUAUAAGAAACGUGGACCCGAGCACGCCUAUAACAGCCGGGUCGUGGAACGUGCGGUCUAACACAGAUCAGUUUACUUUCUUCAACUACUACAAGGAUGAGUGUAUGAAGAAGGCUGGAGGAAAACCCCAGGGACAUCUGACAUUUUAUUCCACUCACACCUAUGACGGGGAGAAGACGCAGAUAUUCGACUCCUGGGCACCAUUCCUGCACAACGCUUCGGAGUAUAAACUGGACAAACCUCUCGUCAUCGCCGAGUUCAACCAGGUUCGAGGAGCCGGAAUGACGUCACAGGAUCAGUUCAAGUGGUCUUAUUUCCAUGGUUACGACGGUGCCUGGAGUUGGUACGCCAUGGCCCAGUCCGCUCCAACUGAUACCCUAGCAACACAGAUGCUCGGGAUGGAAUCUAUCAAGUCAGAGACGGAUGACAAUGCAGGGGGGAUUGGUCGCCUUCACGUUAACCUAACAUGAAUCCAGAUAUACAGGAUCCUUUGUAUAAUAUCACGCUUGAGAUUAAAGUUGCUUUCAUAGACA